AAAAAAAAAAAAAAAAGUGAAAAUUUGUUGACUGUACGAUUGAUCCUGCAAUCCGAAAAAGCCAUUGAAGCAUAUAAAUGCUCAAUAUUCAGCCGGGAAAAUUGGAGAUAUCUGCUUCUGAUGUAACUUUGGCCGAUUCAGAUCUCAUAGCAGAAGUUGCUGCGUUGGGAGGGAAUAAACGUGUGAGGCCGAUUAUGUCGUGCUACGAUGGCAAUAAUUUUGUGGGCCAGAUUAUGGUUGAGCAUGUCUUGGUUGGUGGUCAGAGUUCAUCGGACUCUAGCUUUGAGACUGUAUCAUCGGAUGGUAGCCAGCUCUCUCGGAGUGAGCUCUCAAGAAUCGCUCUCGUAUCAAGCAAUCUCAAACGGGGACACAAACGAAAAGCCCAAGGGCAUGAAAAACCCAUAGAGACUAAACGCUUCAAAAAGGUUCUCGAAUCCAGUGAGGAGGGUGUACAAAUCCCCUCCUAUGGAGGUAUGGAGGAGGCAUGAGGUAUGGGAGGCUGCGAAAUCAAAUCCAGACCAUGCUCGGUUAAAUCUGAGAUGGAGAUAGAACCGGAUGUUAUAAAUGGUCAGCGGCCCCCUUACAUAAACAUACUUCCAGAGAACAGGCAGUUUGUUGUGGUGGUUUCCUUCUCGGAAUGUGCUAAAAACUUUUGCGAUCUGUAGGAACAGUUCUUUUGGGAUUUUUUUGGAUUUCAGAAACGUUUGCUGCUUAGAUUUUAAUGAGGUGACUCCGGUGAUUGAGUGUAAUGGCUGGCUCUUUAAAGCAGCUGCCAACGAAGAUACAAUGGAAUGGGUGGCGCGCAACGUAUGUUCUAUGAAGUCUUACGUCUUAUGGUUUGUAAGACUAACGGCCUCAUAGAACAUACGUUGCUCGCCACCCAUUCCCUGGUGUCUUCGUUGGCUGCUGCGAUGUGAAGCCGGCCAUUGUAUUCAGUCACCGGAGUGACCUCAUUAAAAUCUAAGUUGCGAACGUUUCCGAAAUCCAAAAGUAUACUAAAGAACUCUUCUAACAGAACGCAAAAGUUUUUAGCGCAUUCCGAGGAAGAAACUAUCACAACAAACUGCCUAUUCUCUGGAAGUAUGUUUAUGUAUGGCGGCUGCUGACCAUUUAUAUCAUCCGGUUCUCACUCCAUGGCCAGAGUUACGUGGCCAAAGGUCGAACCUUGUUUGCAUCGAAUUUUCAAGCUCCUGGAACUGCAGAACUCUAGAUAUUACGACGGAGAAGUGGGCUGUGAUGAGCCAGGAAAAUGCGCCCCCUAUAUCACGGAUAUUUGCCCAAAUGAACAGGUUGAGAAAUGGAUGGAUGCGAAUAGUGUGGAUAUCAUCAAGGAGAGAUGCAACCGCCUCAAACUAUCAUUUUGGAUGAUCGAAUUUGAGUUUUGCAAUUAGAUGACGCUUAUAUAUUUUUAUUUUA